CCGAGCUGCAUAAGGACCAAAGUUUGUGCAUCAUUAUAGAUGGAAUGGAUCAGGUAAAGACUAUCAUUCCCCAUGCAUCGCGCCGACGUUUGUCGAAGGAGAUGGCUAAUAAUACGAUGAUGAAAACGAUUCUCACCAGUAUCAUAGCUCACGGUAGGAAUCCGUCGUUAAUUGUGCACACCUGGUUUUCUUAUCUUUCUCACGGGUCGAAUUCAGUAGUUACGUCCAUUGCCAAAGUUUUGAGGGACGUGCAAGCGCGAGAAGGCAAACUCCCGCCGUUGCUUCGCGUCCAAGCUGAUAACUGCGGCGGACAGAACAAAAACAGAUUCAUCUUCGCAUUUCUUGCAUUGUUGGUGAAGUUUAGGAUUUUCAAGGAGAUUCUGAUGGGGUUCAUGAUAGUUGGUCAUACCCACACCGACAUCGACGCGAAGUUUAGUUUGUUUGCUCGCAAACUAAACGGCUCCGACGUGUACACGAUGGAAGAACUGUUUGCGGUGUUGCAACAGUCAUGUGAGGAGCAAGUGGAGUGCACCCAACUAAUGGAAAUGGUGGACUGGAAAACCACGAUCUCGCCGUACCUUGACAACUUGAUUUCAGGCCAUGCCACACCCCACCUUUUCUGUUUCUACAUGGAGGAUGAUAACCCGGCUAUGCUCUACAAAGCGCACUGCACCGACAAGAACUGGGGGCCUGAGAAGGGACCGGUAUACUGGUUCAAACGGAGUGCAGACAAGAAAUGGGCAGGCCCCGAAUGGGGGUUCGAGCCCCGCCGCGAGUCGCCCGACCCCGCUUCCGGCGACUUUACAAAUGGCAAAGCGGGUUUGCGCGUUUUAGUUAAAACGUGGAAGGACGCAAUGAACGAAUGGGAAACACAAACAAUAGAGGAGCGACAACUCAAAACUAGCAGGCUGAGAUAUUGGACGGAGCGUUUGACCGAGUUCGACAACAUUGAGGUGGAAGAGACCAGAACAGUGUCGUUGUCAUUCUCUUUUUGGCCAAAGCCCAUGCCGAGCGAUCCAAGUUCCGAGCAUUCGGUCCCGUGCAUCUUGCCACAACCGUUUCGGAAACCGUGCUUUGUGGGUCAUAGGAAGGAUGCACCCAAACCGGAAUUCGACCCUUACAAAGCUGUUGAGCUUGAUGAUUUCGUUGUUCUGCGCGCUCCGGACGACCACGUGCAAGAAGGGUGCAUCUUUUGGGUUGCUCGUGUCAUCAAGAAGGAGACAACCCGGAUUUUCGUGGAGUACUGGAGGCCAUGCGGUCGCAAACAAAAACUAUCUAAGUUGUACGAAGACGCAUGGAAUAAAACGUGGAGAGUGGAAACUGAAUCAGAACCCGGAUGGCAAGACCUCAGAAGCGUGGCGUGGGCAUGGACCAGCGGGAUUCGAUCCAGAACAGGAAUGAAAAUCCGGAAAGGGGAUGUAGUUAAAGCACAAAAGUCCUUGGCGGCGCCGGAUCCAGUUGAUGCUGCAUUCAAGAACAGUCACGAUCUCGAUGCAUGACGAUCUUCAAAGACGUUGUGGAUCGAUUGCGGAUACGCGGAACGCUGCCUCCCCCCCAACCCCCCCCCAAAACCCGCGCCCCACUGCUUC